AUGUUUUGAUAAUUUUAGUUAGCACAUUUUUACGGAUAUGCUGUGGAUUAUAUAUAAUAACAUAGCCUAUGGUUUCGUGAAAAUGGUAGAUUCCUACGUAAAUUGUCAGACACUUUUUUGAAAUCCCGUCCACAACAGCUGGCCCGAGGAUCUGAACAAACGAAGUAUGCUGUCACAAAUCUUGAUUGCAGUUUUUGUUAUUGUACUCACAUCACUUUUAUGCAAAAUUGGACAUUUCCUAUAUAGACGCUCAAAACGGCGUCACAACGUUUCCCCAGAUGUGGUCAUUUUGUACCAAAUAGGGCGGGGUCCAUUUGCCCCCAGUGUUUCGCCGUUUCCGUUAAAGCUGGAGACCUUCUUACGAAUGACCAAAACUCCCUAUGUUAAUGACCAUUCAGCGAAAUUCUCAUCCAAAAGGAAAACACCUUGGAUGGAGUAUGACGGAAAAUCAAUCGCAGACUCACAGUUCUGCGUGGAAUAUAUCAAGAAAAAGAGAGGAAUAGACGCCAGUAAACACCUGAGUCCCGCCGAGCGAGGCAUCGCACGGGCCUUCCAGAAACUGACCGAGGAAAACCUCUACUGGACCAUGUGUCUCGAGAUGUUCGGUGACGAUAUAUCCACGGUUAAGAAGGUCAUACCGUACACAGGGCUCAAGCUCUGGUUCACCCUGUGGUUCUUGAGGCGGGUCAUUAGACAGGAGACUUGGGGGCACGGGAUUGGUCGACACACCCCGGACGAGGUCUGGUCCAUAGCCGUCGACGAUAUGACGGCCAUCUCCAGUUUUCUAGGGGACAAGGAGUUUUUCAUGGGGCCGGAGCCCAGUGAGGUGGACUGUGCCAUGUUUGGUAUGUUGGUGAUGAUAUUGUGGAACAUGCCCGACUCUAAACACGAAAAGUACGCCAAAGAACAUUUACCAAAUUUGAUGGAGUAUUGUGAACGCAUGAAAGCCCGGUUCUGGCCGGAUUGGGAUGAACACAUCCUUACUAGCGACAGGUACCAAAACGAUGACGGAAAAAUAUACUUCAAAGAACCAGGCGAUUCAAUUUUUCGAAGUGAAGAUUGAUUAGAUAUUGAUUAUCGACUUGAAACAAAAUCACUUGUGAAUAUUGUUUUUUUAAUAUGUUUUGUAAAAAGAGCAUGAUUUUUUUUAUCAUCAAUUAUACAUAUUAUCAUAAGAACAAUUAAGUGCUUUUUUGUUACUUUUAACAUUGUCGUUACUAUUACUAUGUUAUUUAUUUUUUGUAAAAAUCACACUUUUAUACCUCGUAUGAGGCAGCAAAGAAUGCAUUUUAUUGUUUAUAUUACAGUCUCUCUCUCUCUCUCUCUCUCUCUCUCUCUCUCUCUCUCUGAAUCUCACUUCAAUUAUCCAUAUAAAGUGGUUCAGAGUAAGUCAUCUAUCGUUGUUGUUAUUCGGUAUGUUGCAAAAACGGAACAGCUCAUUCUUCCAUAUACAGAUCAUAUACCACAACAACAGCAGCCACUUUAAACCAUUUGCGUUUGAAGGCAGAUGUUUUAAAAGGUCCAAAAUUGCUCAAAGAAUUUAUACAUUCAUAACAGGGCAAAUUGAUCGAUUCUGGCUAUAUCGUAAUUCGCAGUCCUGUCAAUAGCUGUAUAAAUACAUCUUAAAAGAAGGGAGAAAAUGCUUAAACAUAACUCAUUAGAUGUAAAUUUACAUUAUUGCAAUCUUGUAUAUUGUUAAAUGAAAACGGCCCUUCAUACAUGAUAUAAUCAGUAGAAGUAAAUGCAAUAAGAAGCAGUUUUUUUAAUAAAGCACCUGUCGUUUGUUAAUUUUUUUUUAAUAUUUGGAGUUUCAUUAUGAAAUAAAUGACUAUCGCACUUUUGAUAAAAAGAUAACAAAACAAAAGUAAACAGGCAUUAAUUUAUUCCGAAUACAACUUAAUUAUUCAUUUUAAUGAACAAGAUAAUCUCACACUUUCGAGCAGUUUUAUGCAUGAUCAGGUAUCGCUGUUGCGGACAUGUGGACGCUGAAAUGACGUCACACACAUUCUCAUAUUUCGAGAUAAAUAUAUCGUGUUCACUAAAUAUAGAUUGCUUGGGUGGUUUGCAGAAGAUCACAAUUCCUGGGUAUUAAUACCCCUAUAACCCACUGUUUAGUUUUGACGUAUUUGUUAUGAAACCGAUUUCAUAACUCGCCACUAUAUGAAUGAUAUAAUUGAAGAUUAAUACAAUAUUGUCAUUGUAUAAGGAUUUGUGCAUGGAAGCUAUUUUUAGUUUCAAUUCUUUGUUGAUAACUGAAUUUUAACGAACUUGAUCAUGAAUAAAAUAAUCCCAAACUAAUAUUCCUUCUCGGAA